UUCCUUUCUCUUCAGCCUGCCGGUUACCUUCAUAGCAUUCAAGUUUAAAGCGUCGGUCUUUGUUUUGGCUUUCCCAUGACACUCCCCCCCGUCGCCUGUCCACACCGCGCAUAAUGGCUGCAAACGACUACUACACGACGACGACGAGCAGCCCUCACGACCGAGCAGACGCGCCGCUGCCUCCCCUCCCCGGCCAGCACCAGCACCACGCCCCCACGUCCCCCUUCGAAGACCACACAUACCCGCCCUAUCCCGCCACGGCCAACUCGUCGGGCGCCCUGUCCGCCCACGACACUUCGUACUACGGCCAGCCCCAGCGCUAUGAUUCUCGAGACUCGGACCCCUUUGCAGACCACAGCGCCAUCCCGCUGAACACGCGCCCCAAGGCCGACGCCAGCCCCUCGCGCUACGAUGCAGACCCGGAGCGGUAUCCCAGUGCGCCGCGCGACGCGAAGAGGAAGAAGAAGAAGGGCUGGUUCAAGGGGAGGGUGACGUGGGUGUGCUACAUCUUGACGCUGGCCCAGGUCGGGGUUUUUGUCGGCGAGCUGGUCAAGAAUGGCAUGCUCACAGGCUCGCCCAUCCAGACCAAACCCUCCUUCAACAUCAUGAUCGGACCCUCGCCCUACACGCUGAUCAACAUGGGCUCCCGCUUCACCCCCUGCAUGCACAACAUCGCCGCCGUCAUCGCCGCAGACGUACAAGAAUGGCCCUGUCCAAACACCACCUCCCUCUCCGCCGACGCCCCCAAAUGCUCCCUCAGCACCCUCUGCGGCAACGGCGGCGUCCCCGACCAAUCCAGCGUAACAGACUUCCACGACCGCUCCCACGAACCAGACCAAUGGUGGCGCUUCAUCAUACCCAUCUUCCUCCACGCAGGCCUAAUCCACAUCGGCUUCAACAUGCUCCUCCAGCUCACCCUCGGCCGGGACAUGGAGAAAGAAAUCGGCCCCCUCCGCUUCACACUCGUAUACUUCAGCGCGGGUAUCUUCGGCUUCGUGCUCGGCGGCAACUACGCCGCAGACGGCACCGCCUCCGUCGGCGCCUCCGGCUCGCUCUUCGGCAUCCUAGCCCUCACCCUCCUCGACCUCCUGUACAACUGGAGCUCCAAACGCUCCCCGGUAAAAGACCUCCUCUUCCUCCUCCUCGACGUGGCCAUCGCAUUCGUCCUCGGCCUACUCCCGGGUCUGGAUAACUUCUCCCACAUCGGCGGUUUCGCAAUGGGCCUCGUCCUGGGCAUCUGCCUGCUACAUAGCCCCCAGGCGCUGCGCGAACGUAUCGGCACAGAUGAACCCCCGUAUAACGCCGUGGGCGAUACGCAGCACCUCGCCCCUUCUGCCGGGGAGACGACGUCGAAAAUCAACCACCUGCUCAAGCAACCCGUGGGCUUCUUUAAAGGCCGCAAGCCGCUGUGGUGGGCGUGGUGGCUUGUUCGUGCGGGGAGUCUGGUUACCGUGUUUAUUGGGUUUAUAUUGUUGUUGCGCAACUUUUAUGAGUGGAGGAAUACGUGUAGUUGGUGUAAACAUUUGUCUUGUUUGCCUAUUACUACAGGCGGUGUGAAUUGGUGCGAUAUCGGGGGUUUGAAUUUUACGAACUCUACGACCGAUUCUUCGGGGACGUCGAAGCGUGGGCUUGGGCUUGGGAUUGGGCCGGCGGAUGUGUCGCUUUUUGUGGCUGAGGCUGUGGGCGCGUUUAGGUGAGGGUUGUUGUUGUGGUAGGUCUUUUUCUUUUCUUUUCGGGUACUUCGCAUUGAAGGGUCAAGGCGUACGGUACGAUAUGGGGGUUAUACACAUACACACACGCGGCGCAGAUACCCAUUCAUUCCUUGCUUUCUUAUCACGGCAUGUUUGAGGGAGUAUGGACAUGGAGAUGGACAUAUCUUGGUUUAUUUAAAAAGAAGGGAGGGGGUAUGAGUACAUUGGCAUUCUGGAUGGAAGUUGGAAAGGAAAAGAAAGAAAGAAACAAUUAAAGAAACAUCCUGCACCGGUAUC